GCGGCAGGCAAUCAAUGACAACAGCAUUGCAGCAUUGGAUGAACAAGCAGGCAAGUAUGGCGGCCGCCACCAUCUCUCGGACACUGAAGGGGCUCACCCUGAAACCCUCCCCCAAUCAGUACUUGGUGGCCCCCAAUGGUUACACAGUGUCCCCCUCUAUGCGGCCCGCUCCUAGUUUCCGGCAAAGCCCAAAGGAAGUAGCAGAAGCCUGGAAAAAGGUCGCGCAGCAGCAAGUUAGAACCAAACUAGAGGGGGAAGAUAUAGAGGGGAAGGUGGUCCGGACACACCAUACACAAAAAUCUCUCAUAUUCAGAUUUGCGGACGACAUCUACGCAGACUUCAUACCUGAGAAUGGCAGAACUAGCAUAGCGGUUUACUCUGCCAGCCGGGUCGGCUAUGGCGACCUUGGCGUGAAUCAAAAACGGGUUGAGGCAUGGUUAGAGGAGUUGCAAAAAGCUGUACCACCAUCCAAGUAGAACCGCAUCUGCGAACAGGCUGAAUGCAGCGCAGUACAGAUUGAAUGCUGAUCUGAAGGUUGAGGCAGCAUUGUGCCACCAAAGAGCGAUCUGCUUGCAUAGGACGAGUCAGCGUAUUCUGCAUUGGGCUUCAAAUCAAAAGUAUGAGUAUGGCCACGUUUGCGAUCAGAUGGCUGCACUUAGCCAAAUUCAACAGUCUGUCCUGGUUGUAUGGUCACACUCGAAUACAGUAAUCAAGGUUCCUUGGUAGCCUGGCCGGCGGAUGUCAGCGCAAUGCAUUCGAUCAUGGAAG